AUGACCAAGCUGUGGGCAUUGGGGUCUCACAUCCACACUCCUCCUCAGGAAGAUCGAGGAGUUGGUUCGCUAGCAAAUGUUUCGGUCAGUCCAGGGUUCAUCAGGGGUCCACUGGAGGUAGGUAUCCGCAGGUUGCAGAACAUUCUCAUUGCCAUGCCCUUAAUACCGACGCCAAACACUUAUAGUCAGGAGAAUCAGCAGUUGGCUGAUUCAGCACCAGUGUUGGCUGACAGUAAGUUGGUCUCUUUUACUGCUUCUGGUCCAGAAUCAAGUGAAGUGAUGCUAACGUUACUGAAUUAG